UGACGGUGCUUCAAUGGAUGCAACACCCAGGCAACAGCAGGAACUGCGCCAUGCCGUGUCUGAGCAGCAAGACGCUAGCUCCUCGCCACCAGUACGAAGAUCUCGCUUACAUAAUGCAGCAGGGCCAUCGCACAGAGACACCCGUCGUCAUCUCGGCGAACGUGGAACAGAACUUGAUCGAAGUCGCUCGCGUCCAAGCCCGUACGAUGUUAUGUGAUUUGCCCAUGCUCCGUGUUUCCGACAUCGUCGUGCCGUUCAUCACAGGGGUCGAGCUCUUCCACCACGUUGAUCGCGGCAGACACACCGUGAAAGCCACCGUGACUUUACCCCACACAAAGUUGAAGGAUGUGCAAGCCCACCUCGUCCUGCUAUCCGCCCAACACUACCGCCACAUGAUGGAGAACCUCUUGGGCAGCUCUGUCCUGGACGCAUCUACCCUCCACGCCUCCACAAACCGAGCAGAGAGUCUCAGCUUGCACUGGUUAACCCUUCAACGCCCAAAAGAUGCCAUGUCCGCCACGCAUAGCCUGCCGCAAGAUUUUGUAUACCUGCAGCACACGUCCAUCAUCCACAGUCAUUUGGUGUCCUUAUGGCACAGCGCCACAGUAAAGGCGAUCCCGCCGCAAGCGCACGUCGACCGGGCCACGUUCCAUCGAUGUGGGUUGGUCGUGACGAAUCACCCCAGCGGUGGCCACCUCGUUGCUUCGAUGCAUCUCGCCGAAGUCGCACCGUAUACCUCCACACCGCCAAAAGCACUGUGUCACCUGGCCACGACAAUUGCGUCCCGAUUGGCAUCGACGCUGGUCACCUGCAGACUGCCACCGGCAUCCUUGAAUCCGACACUACCUACCGCCACAGCACAAUUUCAUCAUUGUCGCGUGUGCAUGGCCAAGCCGUUUGACACAGUCGAAACCAAGAAUGCCCGCGCUGCCGUCGUUUGCGGUCUUUGCCAUCAUCACGUGUGCCUAUCAUGCACUCGGCCCAAAUCGCUGGUCCAGCACUCGAGCCCUUCACCGUUGCCUAUCUGCAUCCACUGCGUUGGGUCGUUGUCACCGCGAUUGUCCCCCACUCCUAGGCUCUUGGCAACCCCAGGGAGCAACCGUUCCUCAGCCGCCGCAUCGCGGUAUCCACCAUCGCUACCCCGGCACGUCGCGGCACCCCCUAGCCCCGCCUCAUCGUCGUAUUCAUCGUCGUUUUCCGUAUCAUCAUCGUCGUCGUCAACACCAGCUAAACCAACGUCGAUCUGGACGCCGCGCCACACAUUCGCGUUGGCGGCGCUUCCAUCGGCGAUGUAUCCGCACGUUCAACGGAACGCCGACAGAUUGGUCAUCACACCCGAGCUAGAAGCGGACAUGCGCGACAUGGGGGAAGCGGCAGUGGAGACGCUCCUUGGCGCCGUUCGACUUCCCAUGAAGAAGCUCGUCGAUACGUCUUUGCAAACCCGUCCUGACGUGGCUCUCUACGAGCACGCCACGUCCAGUUUGUACACGGUCAAGGCCGUCGUCGUCCUCCCUCCCUACGACGUGUUGGAGCUCCUGGCUCUGCUCGACAUGCGGUCUACAGAGUCGUUUCGCCACACGAUGCGCAUCCUUUUAGACGGCGCGUUCGUCGAUGGUGCGGUGCUCCAUGCUACUCCGCCAUCGUCACCCCAUUCGGCGGAAAGCAUGACGUUGAACUGGUUGGCUGUACAGAAUGCCAAAGUCCACUUGCCCAACCGCGACUAUGUAUUUUUAAAGUACGGGAAUUGCUACGCCCUGUGCGGUCAAGGCAGUCCCCGGCGACCGGCGUUCAUGCCCACAACAUCGUCCACUCCAUCUCGGCCACUCAAGGACACAGUCGCAGUGUCGGUGUGGGAGAGCGUCGACGUGACCGAGUGCGGUCCGCUGCCCAACGACCUCAACACCCUCCGGCUCCACUUUCGACAAACCGGCUACGUUCUCGAGUACAUGCCGCGUUCGCGUGAUGCCAGCCAUGGCAUUUGCAUCUCGUUUUUCAUGUCUGAAGAAGUCCCGUCGUCGCGAAGCGUGUCGUCGUUAGGCAAAGCGUGGGUGGUGCGCAUGGCGCAGAGUGUUGCCAACCUCCACCACGCCCUUGUGCACCAGUAUGUUGCCGAAGGACGACAGCGGCAGCUGGACAUGCCACGGCCCAUGAAGCCCACGGCAGCAUCAAGGUGUCACUGCUGCUCGAAGCGCUUCUCCAUCUUGCGGCGUCGGCAUCCUUGCCAUCUGUGCUCGGAACUCGUCUGUAAACGAUGUCUCGACAAGCAAUUCCAAGUGGACCUUUGCGCGACAUGCCGCCUGCCGUCGUCCAUGUCAUUGUUCAAGUACUGGGCCUCAUAAGGGUCGAGGGCAAGAACAAGGCUGUGUGUUCCAAUAGGUGCAAUCAGUAGGAUGUCUAAGUAGGGUCGAGAGAUGGGCCACUGCCGACGGAGGUGUUGCGGUAGAUAUCGGAUGGACGACAGUGGAGUUUUUGAGGAAAUAUCCCGG